AUGUCAUCACUAUUAUCAACACGUACUCAACAACAACAUGUCACUCGCCAGACUCAAAUUGAGACUGGUGUAGCCCAACAACAACAAGUACAACAACCACAACAAGUACAACAACGUAGACAUAUUACAUUUAAUGAGGCUUUCAAGUCUAUGUUCCCAGCAAUUUUUGCUGUUGUAUUAUCUAUUUUGGCAUUGUCCGCAAUAAGAAAUCAGGAUUCAUUAUUGUCAUUGUUCUCAUAUAAAGGCAAUCUUGGAUUCUUCCCCGACCACAAGACAACCGACCCACUGCUCAACACAAUUUCCAGACCAGAGAUAUUUGUUGCCAAUCCAAGAAUGCCCGACUUUGACAGAGAGGCCUAUGAGAAACUGGGUGCUUUCACUUCUGGAAUCUACUGGGAGACCAAGGCCAGACUGGAGGAGAUCGAGAGGAAGAAAUGUAUAAGCGAGCAACAACAAUUGGAUGCUGCCACCAACCCAGAGUAUGAGCAACUUGGUGCUAAAUGCAGUUCUAGCUACUGGGAGAACAAGUACCGUUUGAAGGAGAGGUUGGAGAAAUGCCAACAGGCCUAA